CCUUGUUGUUUGAAGUUGACACUAGAGCGUCAGUGAAACCAAAUUUGCAAAAAACUGCAUCUUUUUCAUUUUUUAGUUCCAAUAAAUUUAAUUUCUACUACUCUGCUACUCUGCUACGUUUAAUCAUUAUUUACCGUGUCAUUAUUAAAAGAAAAAUAUUUCAGACAUUCUUUAACUAACUUUUUUUAUGGAAGGAUUCGGUUUGCUCAUUUUUGAGAAUAAUAUUUUUCAUAAAAGUUGUCUGGAAUAGUAUGUCAAAGCAGUUACACCAUGGAAAACAGAAAAAGUAUUGUAAUGUACAUGAAAUUGACUAUAUCAAUGGAGCGAUUACCAAGCGAGGAGUCAGCGAUAAGCAGCUGGCUGCAUACUUUCAAGAGAACUAUACCUGUCAGGACAUUGGAAAGUUACAAGAUUCCAUGGGACGAACCCCACUUCACAUGGCAGCAUCAUGCGGGCGGAGUGAGCUAUGCGAAUGGCUGAUUUUUGUUGCCGGAGCCAACAUUAAUAGCAGAGAUUGGGAGUCUGGUUAUACUCCGCUGCAGAGAGCCUUAUUUCAUGGCCACAUAAGAGCAGCUGUGAGAUUGAUGCAGAUUGGAGCAGAUUUGACUUCACUGGAUAGAGAAGGAUUGAAUGCAGUUGGUAUAGUUACAAAAGACAGGCCACUUAGUGUGGACAUUGUCCGUGAUGUACCGUGCCAGGUUUAUAUCUGGGGUUCGAAUGAUAACUACACCCAUGGAAUCGGAACUAACAAUGCGAGAAAACUGCCAGACCUAUUGGAUAAUUUUAAAAGGCGUAAUGUUUCAAUAACACAAGUCUGCAUGGACGAAUUUCAUAGUAUAUUUGUCAGUAAAUGUAACAGGGUUUGGGUUUGUGGUAACGGGCAGGGAGGGAGACUUGGCAUUUCUUCAAAAAAUCAUUGCCUGACUCCUUCGUUAUUGCUUUCUAACAACGAGUGCAAGAUGGUUGCGAUCGCCCUCAACCACACUUUGGUUCUUCUUUCGUCCUCUUCUGUCUUAGCAUCCGGUCAUAAGAUAUUAGCAUGUGGCCAGAAUGAGCAUUAUCAACUUGGGCUUUCUCCAUAUUUAAAGGAAACGGCUACGCUUAAACCAGUAUCCAUUAAGUGUACAGAAGAUUUGGAAGGCAUUUGUGCUGGAAAAUAUCAUAGUGUUUUUUAUACCAAGACAUCUAUCUACGUCUGCGGACUGAAUGGUGGUCAACUCGGUUUGUCAGCUGAUCGAAAUAAUGUUCCCUUUGUUAAAUUUCCUACUCAGGUUCCUAUAAAUCUGAAAUCCCAGAGUACAAUUACAUCAGUUUCAUCAAGUAGUACAUGUGUUGCCUUCUCUGUUAGCUCCGGUAGCGUCUACAUACUUUAUCAAUUCAUGUUCAAGAAAAUAGCAUCAAAGCAAUUAGAUGUAAAACAAAUAGGAACGAUUGGUGGCUCUUUGAGUAGCGACUUAGUGACGGAAAAUGGUGGUUCUCUGAAAGUGGUAUUGUUAACGUUAGGCGGUUCUAUCUUGAUCUGGCAGGAAUCAUUACCACAGUUGACAAGGUGUAUGUUUGGAUUGAGUAGGCUUAUUAAUAUCAGUUCUAUUUUCCUCAAUGAAAGGCAGAUUUUAUUUACCUCACGAGAUGGGGAAGCUUUUUCUGGAACAAUUGGGCAGAUUGAGAAACAGACUGUGAAUUCUUCCAAAGAAAUGAAAAGUGGAUUUCAUAAAUUUCUUGCCAAAUCUGAAUGUUACCACAUACAAACAAAUCGUAUUCCUAAUGUUCAUCGUGCUGUGGCCAUUACUAGUGAUCCCAAAGGAAAAAAUUUUGCUGUUAUCCAGGUUAAUCCCCAUAAUGCCCUGACUGAAAUUCCAGUACAGAGUGAAGAUCAUAUCGUCAACCAGUAUCUUCAGCUAUUAGAAGAAGCAUCGGAAGAGGACACUUUGCAUGAUAUUAUUUUUAAGGUCCAAAAUACAUUAUUUCCUGCUCAUAAAUAUAUUAUUGCAUGUGCCAAAUCAACGCUUUUAAAUUCUCCUGUAGAUAAUGGAUAUAUAAUUAUCGACGGCGUUUCACCUGUGAUAUUUAAGGAAAUCAUGACGUUUUUAUAUACUGGCCAUUCCGAUUUACUCAAGAUCGGACCUGUCAGUUUGAAAUUUUCUAACUUGCCGAACGAUCCUUUGAAGUUAUUAUUGGAUGCCUCAAAUAAAUUCAAAUUAACUUCAUUGUAUAAAAAAGUUCCUCAAUUCAAAUACGAGGAUGGUUGUAUUAGCUUAAAAAAAUUAUCAGAAAUGCCAACAUUUUCCCCUCCGAAAUUUAAUAGAGAAUCGCAUCCGGAGCUCUAUGACGUACAAUUAAAAUCAGAUGAUGAUAAAUUAAUAAAAGCCCACAAAUGUAUUCUAGCCGCUCGAUUGGAGUACUUUCAUCACAUGCUGUUAGGGGGAUGGAGUGAGAGUUCUAGUUCCGCAGUGUUACACCUGGAUUGUCCCCUGAAGUCUUUGGAAGUUUUAUUGGACUUUAUUUAUUCAAAUGAAACUCCGUCGUCGAUUGCUACUGAGAGUUUUGAGAAUAUUGGAAAAUUACUUAUUGUUUCUGACCAGUUAAUCUGCAAUGAUCUCAAAGAAAUUUGUGAAAUUGCUCUUGUUAAUGCUCUCAACUUGAAAAACGCCGCUACCAUGCUACAAGUUUCCUAUGUAUAUAACGCUCCUCAGCUGAAGAAAACUGUCAUGCAAUUUAUAUCUCUGAAUUUGGACACACUUAUCGAGAACAGGGUCCUGGACAGUCUUAAUGAUGAAAUUUUGUUGGAACUUGAUGAGUAUUAUAGAAAUUUUAAUUCUGUCCAUUAUUGCAAAAGAAUUAUAACCCCAUAUAGCGGUUACACGAUUUCUGAUGAAGUAAUUUUAUCUUCUCCGGAAAUUACUUGGCCGGCUGAACGUACAGAAAAGAAAGACAAUGCACCAGAAAUAAAAAAUAAAGAGCCGAAAGAAAAACAACCAAAACCCAGCGUAGUAAUACCAAAAAAGAAGGAAACCCCUCCGAAGAAAACGGUAGUUCCAGAAAUCAUACCUGAAGGAAAACAUAUAACUGUUCCCGCAGUUCCGAUUAAACAAAUCAAAACAGAAUUUGCAGGUUCCCCACCAGAUUAUGAAACUGUUUUGAAUGUGUCCGAUUUCCCUGAGUUGGAUUAUCAGUGUUCUCAUCCAGCAUAUAAUAACAAAACCCGCUUCUCAAACAGUCAAGAGGUAAGAAAAGUUUUCCCUCCGAGAUUAUCUCAAAAGGAGAGAAAGAGGCGUUCGUUAGAACUUGAAGAAAAAGCAGCCGUGCCGGAAAAUGAAAAAUCUCCUAAACCUCAAUUCAAAGGAUGGACGAUCAUCCCACCUUUGGAAGAUUUCAAAAAGAAAGAAGAAGAAAUAAAUCAUGGUACAAGCCCUCCAAUGGUUUCAAGUUUUGUCGAAAUUAUUGCAAGCGAGAAACAAGAAAAAGAUAAUUUUUUUAAAAUGAAAGCUAAACCUUUCACUCUUAAUCAGUUAGAAGAUAAAGCUAUGGAAGAACUUUACGAAUUUUAUAAUGCUUCCAAUGUAUUCGAUGAAAGAAUCACCGUGCAACGAGUGUUACCAAUCAAUAUCGCCAAGCCCACCUGGAUAAAAUCACAUAAGAAAAUUUCUAAUUGACGAACUGAACUAUCUGUGAUCAAGAUACCUGUUUAUAUGCAUUAUUUUAUUUAUGUAUAAUUUUAAGUAAUAUUGUUCUUGUUCUUAUGUAAAUAAAUAUUUUUAUCUAAGUGUUA